CCCGUUGUUUGAUUCAGAUUGGAGAUUAGCUAGAAGCAUCAAACUCCAUAUUUUUUUGAUCUAAAUCAGGAGGAAACUGAAAAUCGGAGAUCAAUGCCUUCGACAUUCAGCGGCGAUGAGACUGCUCCUUUCUUUGGCUUCCUUGGCGCUGCUGCCGCGCUUGUUUUCUCCUGCAUGGGAGCUGCGUAUGGAACCGCGAAGAGCGGGGUUGGUGUGGCGUCCAUGGGUGUCAUGAGACCCGAGCUGGUGAUGAAAUCGAUUGUGCCUGUGGUUAUGGCUGGAGUUUUGGGUAUAUACGGUUUGAUUAUUGCUGUGAUUAUCAGUACCGGAAUCAAUCCCAAGGCCAAGUCGUAUUAUCUCUUCGAUGGAUACGCUCACCUCUCUUCUGGUCUCGCCUGUGGCCUUGCUGGUCUCUCUGCUGGUAUGGCAAUUGGCAUCGUAGGGGAUGCAGGUGUUAGAGCUAAUGCACAACAGCCAAAGCUUUUUGUUGGAAUGAUCCUCAUUCUCAUUUUUGCUGAAGCACUGGCCCUCUAUGGCCUCAUUGUUGGCAUCAUCCUCUCCUCCCGAGCUGGUCAAUCAAGAGCUGAGUAAAAGAGGAGGGGUGCUCCUCUCUUGAAUCUUUUGAUUCAUUAAGGAAUAUCAUAAUAUUGGUGAGAGUAGGAAGUGUUUUUACUGAGGCCUCCAGUGUGAGAUUCUGCCAAAUGGAUUGGUUCAGCGCUAUUGCUGUAGAUUGUAGUGAAUUGCAUGGUUAGUUGUUAGUUCUUCUCUCUAACUAAAGUUGUGAUUGUUUCAUUGUUCGUGUUGUAUUUUGUGGAUUUAUUUAGGAAGAUCUUCGGAAUUAUCUUCCUACUGCAUUUUGCAUGAGAUAAAACUAUGAAGUAGAGGGCCUUCUGUAAACUCUCAAUUAGUUGGUGGUAAGUACAGUGCAGUCUAGUAUUGCCUGUUAAUUA